AUGUGGCAGUUGGCAUUGGGAUUGGGUCUCAUUCAACAACUGAGCUUGGCCAUCAUUGUGGAGCGCAACAUGUUUGCAUAUUACAAAGUGCCGGCAACCCAGUUACUCUACUCCCAAGAUUCGGAUCUGGAUUUCGAUUCACAAUCCCAGGAGAUUACUAGCUUUGGUGAAAGCCAGGUCAACGAUCUCUACUACGUUCUGCAGUGUCCACCAAAGUUGAAUGAGGCUAUUCCCAAGCCGCAGGACAUGCAAACCUGCAGCGUGGUAGACCAAUAUCGGGGAAUGUGGAAAAAGAAGAAACCGAAACCCAAGAAACGCUACCACAUGAUACCAUUCCGGAUUGUUCUGCGUCCAUUGGGUCCACCAGCUAAAAGGAGAAGCCUCAAACGUCGCAAACGCCAACAUAAAGAUCACAAGUAUACAAAUAUAAAGGCUUCUUAUGAUCGGAAUCCUCUGAAGGUUAAAAAGGAGGAGGUAGUUAGUCCACUGCAAUACCUGGGACUCCCUCAUAAACGCCAGAAGCUCCUUAAACUAUCCGCCGACCAUCGCAAGUUCAAACGCGGCAGCAGUUCAAAAGGCCAUCAUCACAUGUACCAUCGCGAUGAGUCCUACAACGAUCACAUUUUCUACGACGAACUGGAGGACGAUGGAAAAUACCACAAAUUAGGAAAAGAAAAAUUGAAUUAA